ACCUUCUGCUCGCGUCUUGUUCUCUGCGCUCGCGUCUACACUCAUCUCGCUGCGAUGGUCUCCGCCUACCGCAUCGACAGUCUCAAGAAUCCAACUCUUGCUCUGCAAGACUUCUUCAAUGAAUGCGCACUUGAGCAACGCGAGAACUUUGCUCGUCGGGUCUCUAAGCAUUACUCGCAAGUCUUCAACGCGCCCGAAGCCUUCAACGAAAUACCAACUCUGGAUACUCAAAAUCCUCCCGACACAUUCCCAGAUCGUGCGCUCGUCCGUUUCCGAGCGAUGGUUCAGGACACAUCUACCUCGUCGGAGAUGUACCUGUCGAAGUCGAAAAACGGCGCAUGCGGUGGAUGGGGUAUUGAUUUUGCUGAAGAGGAGGAUACUCGUGUCGACUUCGGUGAUUUACGAGAGUGCACGGUCCUGUGGGCUGUUAGCGUCCCCGCAGAGUCGGCAUGGUGCGCGAAGGAACUGGAUGGACCGGUGGAGCAUCAAGAACGAGUCGUCCCAUCUGAUACCCGUCUACCCUACAAGCCGCAGCACGCACACAAAUACCCGCAUUCCUCGGUCUCCCACCUUGGAGUCCAAGUGAAGAUAUAUGACACAGAAAGCUCUGAGAAGCUCAAGUCAACCGACAUCGUCACAUUCGUCGGCAUUUUGUCUACUGACUCACUAAGCUCCAGCCUUGAUGAAGCGGUAGAUGUCCCAACUCUCCAUGUGCUUUUCAUGCAGCAGCACCCCUACAAUCUGCUAUCGCGCCCUUACCCAUCUUUCGGACAAGACCCUCCAUUCCCCAGUACAACCGUAGACAAAGGAAAGGAACGCGCAACCUCCGAUCUGGGCCCUUCCGAUGUCAGGUCGCAGCUGAUCGCUUGGAUAGCUGAAGAGGCUCUGGGCGGGGACCAUGACGCAGCUGAAUGGGUAUUACUGGCAUGUAUAGCUCGAGUACAAUCCCGCAACCCGCCACUCCUGCCUCCUUCAGUGACACUCACACACUUUCCUUCACCUCCGCUUAUUCCAUCCACGACCGCCGAGUGUCCUGUGCCCAUCCUGACACUCUCAGUGAUUCUUGCGGAGCUUCUGCCGCUCACCCAUACAUUGCCGCUCUCACUGCCUCUGCUCAACAAAGAUACAUUCGUGCCUGAGAGUAAAGAUGAAGAUCUGCAUUCGGGAGCACUGCAGCUGCCGCAGGGUACGGUCCUUCUUGUGACGGAAGGCGGCGUCCAAGAGGGAAAGCUUGUCGACAGAGGCGUGUUGAAUAUACGAGCGCUGCAGGAAGUGAUGACUGCGCAGACGUUGUCAUACACGUUCCCGUUCUCGUCGUUCUCCUUCCCAACGGACAUAAGCUGCAUCGUUCUCAGUGAGGGAAGUAAGAGCGCAUUCUUCAAGACCGACAUCAGCGUCCCAUUACAAGCGACUAGGACUCCUGAAGCUGUGGCUCAGCUGUACAAGCCUGCAGAGAGUCUCAAAAUGCCAGACUCUGAACGACUCGCGGCGUUCCGCGACCUUGUCGUAGGCGCGCGCUCAGGGAAGGUGCAGGUUAGCGAAGAGACAUCAACACACAUUCAACGAGACUUCGUACGCGAACGGCAACAAAAUCAAUCGGUCACGUCUGACGACCUCAUUCGUCGCAUGACGGUCGCUAAGUUGUAUGCGCUGUCGAUGCAUGAGCCUACGUUGUCUAUUGACGUGUGGGAACGCGCGAAGACAUUCGACGAACGUCGCCUUGCGGCAUGUGCCGCAGAAGCACCAUGAAACUGAAGCCGCAGCAUAUCAUGCCCGACGCGGAGUAGUCGCUGUUUAUCUCAUAGUUUAUGCUAUGUUUAGCAACACGUAUCGAAGCUACGCUCUGUCGACGUGCGGGCACUAGGGACCUGUCUUCCGCAAUGACUCCCCUUGAGUCGCGUACUUCUUCCUCGGGCUCGCUGCAUCUGAUCACACAUGUAGUCCACCUAUGGGCCGA